AUAUUUUCAGUUGGUUUUUGUAUCACGUAAGGACAACACUUGUCUAACGGAUUCUGUACCCAUCUUGUUUUGUUUUUUUGUUCUGCCUAAAAUCGAACAGACAUACAAAACAGAAUUUUUUUUUGUUGUAAAUUUCCCUUCGACCUGAGUGGAACUGAGCUGCGAGUAACGGCGCGGCGUGCGGUUGUUGUGCUGUGUCAUGAAGGAUAUUAAUUCCUGUCAAUAAGGAAUAUAGUUAACCCGCACAAGGAUAUACCGGGGAUAUAAAUGAAAACGAUUAAAAAAGAGAAAUUAUAAUUUUUUUUAUAUUCUCUGUCAUACUUCCGGUGUGUGUGUAAUCGAAGAAGACGAAAAAAAUAAAAUAAAAAUGGUGCGUGUAAGGAUGUGGUUAAUAUAAUGGCUUUCUGGGAAAACGUUUAAACCAAUUAUUGAGUAGUGUUGGUUUCAAUUUGUUUCAUCCUACCGUCUGUCUGUAAAGGAUCGAAUUACUUCGGGAAAACCCCUAAUAGAAACAAAAAAAAAAUAUAUAUAAAAUAACAAUUUUGAUAAAAUAAUUUAGGUAUUCUGUUCUAUUUCCGGUUUGAAUAUUUAAUAUAACCCCAAUUUGUCCUUCUGUCUUAUUUUUGCUAAUGUUAUUUUUUUUUUUGUGUAAUUUUUUUUUCGUCCUGUAAAAAGUUCAUAACCGCAACAACUUGCUCAAGCCAUUGAAUGAGAGUGAGUCUCAAAACCAAAACCCAAAACCAAAGAAAAUAUAUAAAAAAAAAGGAUAUACGAGACAACAAUCUUAUGAAUAGUUCAUACAUGGAAUACUUUGUGUGAGUGUGCAUUAAGGAUAUGAAGGAAAAAUUGUAAAAAAGAAAAACGAAAAUGCCCGCGUGUGCGUGAGUAUAGAGCAGAGUUUUGGUUGAAACACAACGUUCGUGAUGUGCAAUAAAGAUUAUUGUUAAGUGGAAACUUCUUCCUUGGUAGAUGGCUGCUAAAGACGUUAGAGAGGUGGAAUGUUGUAGAGUAUAGAGAGCAAAAGGAUACGCAUAUUAUUUUAUGUAUGUGAAUGUGAUUGUGUUAAUAAAAUAUUAAUGAAAAAGAAAAAAAAUUCCCAUACAAUAUCGUUGUCGUAUGAAAGAAUCACAAUCAUAAGAUUUGGUUUUUACGAGAAAAAGUUUUCUCUGUUGUUCGGUGAGAGAGAGAGAAAGUGAGUGCGAGGGAAGGAAGGAUUGACACAGAGGAAGCCCUAAAGGAGAGGAAAAAAGAGGGAAGAGAAUAUCCAUCAACAACUCGAUUUACAAGGUAAAAUCAAGUCAGAGAGAGAGGAAUCUUCAUCAAACACACACACACUUCCACAAAUAACAGAGGUACCCCCCUGAGUGAUUCUAAAUGAAAAAAAGACCGGAUAUUUGUUAUCCCACUUCUGAUAUAUUGAAUCCAUUAUCAGAAUUUAAGGAAAACUAAUAAAAAAUCAAAAAAAAAAGAAAAGAACGAAGGGACACAAAAUUCAUUGUGGACAUAAUUUAUCCACCCAAAAGAAGGAAACAAUAAAGAACGAGAGAGGGAGAGAUAAAAAAAGAGAGAGAAAAAAAAUAUAUAUGAAAAUGAAAAAGAAAGAAAAUAGCAUCAUGAAUUUACAGGACUGUCACUUGGUACAUUUGUUCCUUGCAGCUGCAAUUUUAUCCUUCAGCAUGGACCGUACCUAUGCUGACAUGUUCUCCACCCUUGAUCUAUCUAAGCACUAUCCACGCCCAAUUUCGUCAACAUCGUCAUCAUCAACUCAUACAACAGGUUCAAAUAUACAAGAACCAUUGAGUAUCAAUGUCACAUCACAAUUGGGUACGCAUGCUUACCUACCCUGCAAAGUGCAACAGCUCGGAAAUAAACCAGUUUCCUGGAUUCGUGUACGAGAUGGCCAUAUCCUUACGGUUGACAGAGCUGUCUUCAUUGCUGACCAGAGAUUUGUUGUCCUAAAUCAACCGAAUAAAUUUUGGACAUUGCAGAUUAAGUACGUUCAAGCAAGGGAUGCUGGUGCAUAUGAGUGUCAAGUGUCGACAGAACCAAAAGUUAGUGCAAAAGUUUAUCUCGAUGUUGUGGUUCCCCGUACUGAAAUCUCUGGAGAGCCAGAUCGUUAUGUCAAGGCUGGCAGCAUUGUUGUCCUACGCUGCAUUAUUCGGGGUGCUCUAGAACCGCCAACAUUUAUCAUGUGGUAUCAUGGAUCGGAGCAAUUAAUGGGCGAUUCUAACCGACAUCGAAUGCAAAUCGAUAGAAAUUUUCCAGAAGUUGAAGGUUCAUUGAGUACGAUGGGUUCAUUAAUCAUUGAAGUGACGAAAAAACGGGAUUCUGGAAAUUACACAUGUAGUCCGUCGAACAGUCCCAGCGCCACCGUGACGCUCAACGUGAUAAAUGGUGAACAUGCUGCAUCCGCCAUUAUGUCAUCGGCAAGUGUUCUCAACAGAAAUGUCAUUUAUAUCGUUUUAAUGCUGUCACUUUUGACGUUAGCUAAAUCGUGACACGUAUCACGACUGAUUCUUAGUGGAAUUUAAAUAAAUUUAUUUAAUUUUUUUUUACAAAAUUUAGUUUCUUUAUAAUUUUUUUAAUAUUAAUCUAUUGAU